ACAAGAAAAACCUUUAUCGAAUGUUGACUUAAAAUUAUUGACAAAGUUGAUGUUGAAUAAACGAACUUACAUUGGAUAUAAAAUUCUUUCAAAUACUGCUUUGGUUUUGGUGAUUUCUUAUUUGUUUAAUAAUUGGACAUAAAUCCAAAACCAUAAUUAUUUUACUGUUAAUUUUCAUCUUACAUCAUUAACUCAAGUUUUGAAAUAACCGCUACAUAUAGUUACUAAGUGCUACUGCAUUACAGUAGAGGGUAUUCGGGCCAUGUUAACAAAAUAAUAUAUUGAGUGAGCCUACCCUGAAAUACGCGGGAGUUGUCAAUCCAUACUUUACGUUAAUACCAAUGGAAUUGAACACACGGCUUAUUACUUACUAUAUUUAAAUUUAUAUGUAAAAUUUAUGACGUAUAUAAUUUUUCUAUUUCUUCAUGAAAUUAUAAAAAACCUAAAAUUGCCGGGAGCCUGGACACUAUAUCAGAAUUUCCAUAAAAUAAAGUUGAAUAUUAGUUACCUGAGUUAAUCAUUUUCAUUCAGCAAUUACCAAUUGGAACUCCAUAUAAUUAUAUAUUUAAAUAUUUUUCUAUGUAUAUAUAUAUACAUGUUUAUAUAUGCAUAUACAAACAGAUAUGAUAAUAUAUAUAUAAAGAGUAAAGAACUGUAUUUAAUUCAUCACAUCAAUUUUGGAUGGCCAUAUUAGUAAAAAAAUUUUGGGCUCUGUGUAGCAGACAGUUACUUUUCUGUAGGAAUCAUGUUGAUAUUUGAUCUUUUAAGAAAGUUAUUUGGUUGGGUAGAUGAAGCUCCAAGAAAACGCAGAGCUGUGUCAUUUAGUUCAGAAACAGAAUUUGUAACUCCAAAGAAACAUUGUUGUGACUAUAAAACUAUCAAUACGGAUAAAACACCAAUUGAAAUCAAUGAUGAUAGUGACAGUGAUGAUACUCCAAUUAUUACAAAGCAUAAACAUUCUCCCAUUAAAUCAUCCAGUAGAUUAAAUGGUACAUGCAGCAGUAGAGAAAAAUCAUUUACAUGUUAUUCACCGACUUAUUCAUCACCUAAAACUCAACAGUUUUAUGACGAAUUAAAUAUGGGUUAUUUUGGUAAAAAUAAGAAAAGGGGGCAAAAGACUGCAAUGCCUCAACGGUAUACCACUUUAAACAAAACUCAUCGUUUGAAAGAAAAGACUCAGUAUGAAGAAUUAUUACAGAACUUUCUCCCACACAGGAUACAUGUUAUAUGUGAUAAAUAUGAAGAGAAAACGCCAAUGCCAGAUGUGGUAGAAGUAAUAGAUUUAGAAAAGUCCGAUUCUUCAACUCCAGUCUCUAAAGUUCAACAAAUGUCUAGAAAAGAGGACACAUUACGAACACAGUGGCAUACAACAAACAAAGAAAAACGAAAUAAAGAAAAGGCAAAUAAAGAACCAGUGGUUAUUACUGUAGAUAAUGAUGAGAAAGAUGAGACAGUACAUUCCAUUUAUAAUAAAGCACAGUCGUCUAAAAGGAGUAUUAAUGUGGAAACAUCAACAACAAAUAAACAUUAUGAAUAUGUGGCUACAAAUACAUUACGAGAUCAAUUAUCAGCAAAAGCAGUCAUCAGAGAUGAUUUUGUUCCACAAGUAGCGAAAAGGUACAAUGAACGGAUAGAGCAACGAUACAAGGAAGUUGAAGAACUUAAAAAGAUGACAUGUGUAUUAUCUAAACAUAAUCGUUUAGCACGAGAAGCUGCUUUGGAAGAGCAUUUAGCUCGUUCCAUGCGGUUAUGUGAAGCUGUUCUCGAUGAAAGAGAAGAUGAAUCAAUAUUACCUUCUUUAACAGAGGAAAUGAUGCAAGAUGUGAAGAAUGCUCUUAUUCCUCGUCCACCAGAUGAAGUUCUUGUCGAAGGUUUUGGUUUAAGAAUCACAAGAAAAGACAUUCAUACAUUGGCUGAUUUAAAUUGGUUAAAUGAUGAAGUAAUUAAUUUUUAUAUGAAUUUAUUAAUAGCUAGAAGUACUGGUGACAAAUAUCCAAAAGUACAUGCUAUGAAUACAUUUUUCUAUCCAAAAUUAAUCUCAGGUGGACAUACAUCUCUCAAGCGAUGGACAAGGAAAAUUGAUAUUUUUUCACAAGAUCUUAUAGUUGUUCCUAUACAUUUAGGUAUUCAUUGGUGUAUGUCAAUAAUUGACUUUAGAGAUAAGUCUAUUCGUUAUUAUGAUAGUAUGGGUGGCAAUAACCUAAAAUGUUUAUCAGCAUUGCGACAAUAUUUAGAAGAUGAAAGUUUGGACAAAAAGAAACAAACAUAUAAUACCAGUAACUGGAAGUUAGAGUGUGCCAAAAAUAUUCCACAACAAAUGAAUGGAAGUGAUUGUGGUGUUUUUUCUUGUAUGUUUGCUGAAUAUAUUUGUGCAAAUAAGAAAAUCACAUUUACGCAACAGGACAUGCCAUAUUUUCGAAAUAAGAUGGUGUAUGAAAUAUUGAAGUCCAAACUUUUAUAAAAAUAGUAAUUAUUUCAGUAAUGGUUGCUAGUGAAUGUCCUACAUAUGUUGUUAUAACUUCCAUAAAUCACAAAAUAUUUUAGCAUAAAAGGAUUUACUACUGCGUAGAAUACAAACUAUUGUUUGUAUUACUACUAUUAAACAGUCUCACAGUAUAAUUUCUGUUUGCGAUCAGAAAAAAAUUUGGUUUGAUACAGGAUUUUCAGUUUUGUUAAUAUGCCAAAAAAAUGUUACUAGUGCUUAUAAUUGAUAACACAACAUUCUAAUAAAUCAUUUUUUUUUCUCA